AUGGAUGGAACCUGGGGAGAAUGGUCGGAUUUUAGCGACUGUUCUACAACAUGUGGUGGAGGAACACAAAACAGAACAAGACUAUGUGAUAAUCCAGAACCGAGUAAUGGCGGUGCUACCUGUUCUCCUCCUGGUAGCGAAACUAGGUCAUGUAAUCUCAUUUCAUGUAUAGGUAUUACUUUAUUUAUUUUCGUUUUACACCAAACUUUUCUGACACAUUUUUGGUUGAUGAAAUGA